AUGACUGAAGUUCCCUCAAUUUACACAAAGAACUUAUUUUAUAGGUAUCCGAAUUCUCGAAUCGGACUAUUUGACAUUAAUAUAACCUUGAAGAGAGGGUCUAGGAUGCUUCUUGUGGGUCCUAAUGGUGCGGGCAAAUCUACUCUACUCAAGAUUUUGGCGGGUCAACGUUUGAUCAAUGACGGUAUAGUUUUGCUAAACGGUAAGGAUCCCUUCGACAUGGUUGACAGAGGCAGCCAGAUUGUCACAUAUUUGGGUACUGAAUGGGCAAAUAACGAGAUCACUAAAAGAGAUAUUCCGGUGACAGUGUUGGUUGAAUCCGUAGGUGGUAACUUCUACAAACAAAGGCGAGAGAUGCUUAUCAAUAUGUUGGAUAUUGACAUCACUUGGAGGAUGAAUCAAUGCUCGGACGGUGAGCGUAGACGUGUACAACUAUGCAUGGGACUAUUGAAGCCUUGGGAUUUGCUAUUGUUGGACGAGGUCACUGUGGACUUAGAUGUUUUGGUCAGAUACAGGCUACUUGAAUUUCUUAAAAAAGAAACUGAGCAAAGAAACUGUACUAUAGUUUAUGCUACCCACAUUUUUGAUGGCUUGGGAGAGUGGCCUACUCAAGUUGUUCACUUGAAUGGUGGAAUUAUUGUUAAGAAGUACCGUCCAGAGGAUAUUGACUUUAUCAAUGGCGCCGAAAGACCUGUUGAGGAAACAGAAUUGAAGGAAGAUGCAAAGAUGGAAAGACAGGAGAGAAGAUCUCAUGUCGUUAUAAAUAAAAUCAAGAGUUUCUACCCACUUGCGUUAAAAUGGUUGAACGAGGAUUUGCAUGUCAGAGGAGAGAGAACUGAUGAUAAUACUAAGCCCAAGUAUGAAGAAUUGACCCAGAGGUUGGUCAAAUUUUAUUAUGAUGAUCAAGAUCGGAUCAGCAAGUACUUUGAAAGGACUCAGCAGUGA